UAUCCACACAAGUAUUACUGUUGAACUAAGGUAGUAACUGGCCGAAUGAUCUUAGCAGACUUGGCCAAUAGAAGUAUAGAAAAAUAGGAAUAAAUAAUAUUGCUUCAUAAAAGAUGAAAUAUUGCCGCUGCGACUUACCGAUUUUAAAUUAAUUUACUACGAUGGUGAAAACUAGACACAGCGACGCGACGCAGCCGCGGCCCAACGAGGGGGCCGUUCCUAUUUCGCAGGACCCGCCGGAAGAGUUUUCGGUCGAGAAGAUCCUGGACAAGCGCACUCGAAAUGGCAAAGUCGAAUAUCUCCUCAAGUGGAAAGGAUACAGCGAUGACGACAAUACGUGGGAGCCCGAAGAAAACCUCGACUGUCCCGAUCUGAUAUCCGCGUACGAGUCGCAGUUGAAGACGAGCGCGGAAACGGACUCGGAAGAUAAAAACAAAAGGAAAAACAUAACGGAAGAUAAUAGGGCCCGCGGUUUCGAUAGGGGCCUCGAGCCCGAUAAAAUAGUGGGUGCGACGGACGCUAGCGGCGAGUUGAUGUUUUUGAUGAUGUGGAAAAACUGCAAGGAAGCGGACUUGGUGCCAGCGAGUCAAGUAAACGUGAGGUGCCCCGAGGUGGUUAUAAACUAUUACGAAAAUAAGAAACAGUGGUACUGCAAGGAAACCGUUAUUGAACUAGAUUAAAUAAAUGUGCGUUUUCGUCUUUUUAAUUAUUCAGCGGCCUUUUGAAAUAAAGAAAAUCAAACUGCC